AGUUCAAGUUCGGCAGUCAAGCGGUGUGGAUGUUCUGACGGGUUCUUUGUUUGCGCGUUAGUUUGGUUACGUGUGCUCUUCUUCUUCUGUGUUCGAGUUCGUCCCACACGUAGGUUCGGAGCGCUUCUUCGAUGUAAUUACGGCUCCAAGACUUUCACGUGCCCCGUAGCUUGUUGUGGUGCCAGUCAGCCUGUCCUGCCGCGAAGUGUGUUGUGGUGUACACCAGGAAGGAACAGGUUUCUCGCGUGUGCUUCAGAAGAACUUUUUCGCAGGUCAACAACAUUGUGCACAGAACGCUUGACGUGCGUUGCGUGUUGUUUUCGUGGGCUAACAAAAGACGCUUUCAUCCGAACCGUUUUCCCGAUGUGAGUGCAUUGUUGUGAGAUAAGUUGAGACGGUUAAAAAACACUUUUUUAAAAGACUGACAGACGCCCAUCAGCCAACAUGGCGAUCGCGUUCUACUGCGAGGAAGAGGAGGACCCCAAGGGCUACUACGAUUCGUAUGGAUACGGCUACCAGUUGCAGUCGCAGCAAUCACAGCAUGCUGCUACUGCACCGCCAGCUACUGGAAGUCAACAACCAGUAGCGCAGCAGGCCGCAAGUGGUGAUGAUGAAAACAACAACAACAGCAACAACUGUGCGUUGCACGGAAGCUCGCCGCUAACGGCAGACGUCGUCAACAACCGGCAACUGAUGCGAGUCGUCCUGCACCAGGUGUUGUAUCGGUGUACGAUGGAAGGUGCCCUCAGUCCCGCCCACACGUCCUGCGUGUUCUGCAACAAAAUCUACUAUCUGUUCCAGCUGCUGUACUGACACCGUCGUCCCCAGCGGAGUUGGCCCGUCGGCAGUCCGGUCAGCUAGGAGUUCCAACCAUAAAACAAAACAAAACUAAAUAAAAAUCGAAAAAACGAACUAAACUACUUCAACGAAACAAAAAAUCAAGCAAAAAAAACAUCAUCAAAGCUAACGAAUCGACGGAUCAGCAGCUGGGAGCUGCGCAGGACGAAAGAUUUCACGUGUUGCCAAGCAGCCCAUUUCUGCGGUGCGCGCAGCCCCACGUCACGAUCGCGGAGAUUUCCUGUGAUGAACCAAUUAAACUAUUACAAGUUUAAGAUUAUUCGGACUAGGCAUUUAGUUAGCAUAAGAAAAAUGAACUGUAAGCGCCAGUGCAGCUUAGGUUUCUAUUAGCAUUUGGAGAGUUAUUUUAGAAAAUAUUGGUAAGACACUAAUAGCGCAUUGUCGAUAUUAGGAAGCGAAAAUUAGAAUCAGUUUAAAUAACUACUUAUAAUUUCCUAAUGUUUUUUUCAUUUUAGUUUUAACAUUAUUACAAUGAAUGAUUUCCCCCAAUUAUUAGCUCAGUUUCGUACUCACUUAGUUUGCGAGAAAAGACAGACUUUUUUGCGUGCUUCCUCCCCGUCGGGAACACGCAAUAAGCAAAUCAGCCACUUCCGUUCGAUGCCAAGGAAGAUGAUCUCAGUGCAUUUAGAUGUGUAAGGUGGAAGGAAACCCCAGCGUCCGCUCUAUGCUGCGUAUCGUAUCGAUAGAGAGAAUGUUUCCAAACUAGUUAAUAUUUUUUCACAGUUAGGUUUAGUUUUGUUUCUUUUUCUUAUCUUUUCGUAUCUCCAAUUCAGUGUUUUAUAAAACUCUAAUUUUAUGUGUAGAUUCAAAUGUUUUUUUUUUAAUUCCGAUUAUAAAUAUCAAUGAUUUAAACAAACAUGAAAAAUAAAAUGUGUUUUUAA